AUGAAGAAGUCUCUACUAAGCUCUUCCAUCUUCAUCUUGGUUCUAACUCUUUCAUUUUCUGUUUCAUGGGCAGCUAUAUCAUCCGCCCAUGGUGUAACUGUAACACCACGUUCCGAAGAUUUCAUACAUUGCAUACAAUCCAACUCCAACAAUGUCACCUCCAUCUCUAAACUCAUUUUCACCUCUGUGAAUGCUUCUUUCCUACCCAUUUGGCAAGUCGCAGUUGAAAACACUAAGUUUCUUAAACUUUCCACUCCUAAACCAUCAGUCAUAGUGACACCUGUGGAUGAAACACUGAUCCAAACGGCUCUAUACUGCGCCAAGAAACAUGGCUACGAGAUCAGAAUAAGAAGCGGGGGACAUGACGCAGAGGGCCGCUCCUACACUGCUAAUGUCCCAUUUGUUAUGAUUGAUCUCACCAACAUGAGGUCCGUAGACAUGGACUUAGCAAAGAAAACGGUGUGGGCCCAGGGAGGCGCUACGUUAGGUGAACUCUAUUACAGUAUUAUUCAGAAGUCCAAAACCUUGUUUUUUCCGGCGGGUCUUUGUGCUUCGGUGGGUGUUGGCGGACACAUGGGCGGUGGUGGCUAUGGAAACCUGAUGAGGAAAUACGGUACUGCUUCUGAUAAUGUUGUGGAUGCUCGGUUCAUGGAUGUCAAUGGAAAUAUUUUCAACAGGAAGUCGAUGGGAGAAGAUUUGUUUUGGGCGAUUAGAGGAGGUGGUGCUUCUAGUUUCGGAAUCGUUCUUGCAUGGAAGCUGAAGUUGGUUCGGGUUCCGAAAAAAGUAACUGUUUUUAUGCUGAGUAAGACUUUGGAGGAAGGAGCAACCGAACUUUUUCAUAAAUAUCAAUACGUUGCACCGACUAUUGAUAAAAAUUUGCAUAUACGAACCGUGAUGUCCGGUCAAUAUAUCGGCAACACCACUAAAAAAACUGUAGCAAUUACAUUCCAAGGAGUUUUUCAGGGCAGAAGUGACACAUUGCUUCGGUUGCUAGACCAAAAAUUUCCAGAGUUGGGUGUUACACGGGAGACCAAGCUCCACCCCAAUCGAAAUUGUCACAAACCGAUCUGGCAUACCCAAGGUGAACAGCAAAAGUAA